AUGAGUUCGCCGGGUGAUUUCGACGCCGUCCGGAAGGAUAUAGUUGCCCAAAUGAAGCAGCCAGGCUACGAUGACGGUAGCGCAGGCCCGGUCUUCGUCCGCCUUGCAUGGCACUCCUCGGGGACUUAUGACCAAGAAUCUGACACUGGCGGUUCGAACGGGGCGGGCAUGAGAUACGAGCAAGAGGGCGGUGACCCGGCGAAUGCAGGACUCCAACAUGGUCGAGCUUUCCUAGAGCCAGUCAAGAAGAAGCACCCAUGGAUCACAUACUCUGACCUCUGGACCCUUGCGGGAGCCGUAGCAAUCAAGGAGAUGGGUGGCCCUGAAAUCCCGUGGCAGUCUGGCCGCACCGAUUUUGUAGACGACUCGAAAGUCCCUCCUCGUGGACGCUUGCCCGAUGCAACUCUAGGAAGCGAUCAUCUUCGGGCGAUUUUCUACCGGAUGGGAUUCAACGACCAGGAAAUAGUUGCUCUUUCUGGCGCCCACAACCUUGGCCGGACGCAUGCUGACCGUAGCGGGUUCGAUGGGCCAUGGGUGAACAACCCGAUUCGCUUCUCCAACCAAUACUUUAUUCUCCUCAAGAGGCUGGAAUGGAAACCGACAACAUUGUCCAACGGCGUCAAACAGUUCACCUAUGUCGACCCGGACGUUCCAGAGGAUGAAAAGGAAGAACCACUGAUGAUGCUUCCAACGGACAUGUGCCUGCUUUCCGACCCGGAAUUCUCGAAAUGGGUGGACAAAUACGCGGCGGAUAAGGAGCUACUCUUCGAUCAUUUUGCAAAGGCUUUCUCCAAGCUACUAGAGCUAGGCAUCACACGAGAUGGGAGUGGGAAGAUUACCAAUACAGAUAACGAGAAGGGCGGGUAUAUUUCUGCGCCCAAGAAGAGCGAUACGCCAACGGGGCCGCCCCGGAAGUCGAAAAAGAACUCUGUGAGAGACUUGAGAGCCCGGCUCUAA